CCCCCCCCCCCACACACACACCAAAUUUAGACAAUAAAGAUGGGUUUUUCAUCUUUCUCUAUGACACUACUUUUAUUUUCCUUAUUCUUCUUAUCUAUCAAUGGGCAAGACCUUAUCUACAACACUUGCAAAACCUCAUCACAACAAGAUCCUAAUGUGGAUCUCCAAUUUUGCAUCACUUCUCUCCAAGCUGCACCGGCUAGCCAUUGUGCCGAUCUUAAAGGCCUCGGGAUGAUCUCCAUUAGGCUAACAAGGUAUAACAUCACCGAUACAAGGUGUUACAUAAAGCGGUUGCUCAACAACGCCACGAAGAUACUUGACCCCUAUGUAAAGUCAUGUUUGGACGAUUGUUUUGAGGUUUACUCGGAUGCUAUUUUGGACAUCAAGCAGGCUAUGAAGAGUUACAUUUCCAAGCGGUUUUUUGAUGCGAAUAUUCAAAUAAGUUCGGUCAUGGAUGCAACUACCACUUGUGAGGAUGGGUUCAAAGAGAGAAAGGGUGUUGUUUCACCAUUAACCAAGAGAAAUGAUGCCACUUUUCAACUAUCUGCUAUAACACUUUCAAUCAUGAAUAUUCUUCAAAGUAGCUUGAAAUGAUUUUAAAGGCAAUACUUCAAAUU